UAUUUAACUCAUCCAUCAGCUUCCCCACCAUCAAAAACUCUAGUACGAAUAUGGAGACAAGGUUUCCAAAUGUUGCAAAAACCACCCUACCUUUUUAUCUCCGAGGACAAUGAUCACAACAAUCUCCAGUACACGAGCUUGAAAGACAUGAUCUCGAGUUCCGAUGGAUUCGGUUCGUUCUUUUCUCCCAGCCAACACUGUCUUCCUUCAUCUCAAGACGGGUUUCUCUUGUCCGAGAUGGAUUCUUCUAACAUAGCCAUUAGAAACGAGCUCGUGAAAAGAGCGGCUUCUAUGUAUCUUCAGUCUUCUAUGGUUGUCAUUGCUCCCGACACGAACUGGUUCCGGAGAUUUUGUUUGAAGGCUAAGCAUCAGGCGGUUGCUGCGAUUGAUUGUCUUAGACCGGUUUGCCGGAUUUUCGCUCGGUAUAGUUAAAGAGAUGUUCUUAGAAAGGGUGAUUCUAAUUCUGCUUAGUAAA